UUGGUGCUCAAAAUAGAACACCACAUCAACACGAUGAUCGCCGAUGUCCAUCCCCUGUUGCAGACCUUGUUGGGGACCCUUUUCACAUGGGGCCUUACAGCACUUGGCUCCGGUCUCGUGUUCGUCUUUCACAGUGGUCAAAGAAAAAUUCUGGACGGUAGCCUUGGCUUUGCUGCUGGGGUGAUGACUGCCGCAUCUUACUGGUCUCUUCUUGCCCCAGCAAUUGAAAUGGCAGAACGAUCGGGCAACUACGGGUCUGAAGGGCAGUGGGCCUUUAUUCCAGUUGCUAUUGGUUUUGUGAUGGGGGCUGCCUUUGUAUACGGCGCUGACAUUUUUAUGCCUUUGUUGGGUGCAGAGAGCACUACCGGACUGGUGCUAUCACUGGACCCCAAUCAGAAGCUGCACAAAGACGGGGCCUCCCUCGACUCCAUUCACGUCACUGAAACACACCAUGAUGAUACAGGAUAUCGGCCUGAAGGCAAUAGCAGUAUUUUUCAACGCAAACGAGGGGCUGACCAACCUAUUAGCUAUAAUUCAACUAGCGAUCUCAAGACAGGGGAGGGAACUCCAUCAUCCAUCAGCUGGCGGCGAAUCAUGUUACUCAUCAUUGCUAUAACUAUACAUAAUAUACCAGAGGGUUUAGCAGUUGGAGUUGGUUUUGGGGCAAUAGGAAAGUCACCAGCCGCUACUUUUGAAAAUGCCAGAAAUUUAGCCAUUGGCAUAGGAAUCCAGAACUUUCCUGAGGGGCUAGCUGUUAGUUUACCAUUAAAGGGAUCGGGAAUGUCCACGCUGAAAUGUUUCUGGUAUGGUCAGUUGAGCGGGAUAGUGGAACCCAUAGCAGGCCUGUUUGGGGCCCUGGCAGUUGUUAUAGCUGAGCCCAUAUUACCUUACGCCUUGGCAUUCGCUGCAGGUGCAAUGAUCUACGUCGUGGUCGAUGAUAUUAUACCAGAGGCUCAAACAUGUGGUAACGGCAAGCUUGCCUCCUGGACAGCCAUUGUGGGGUUCGUGGUCAUGAUGAUGCUGGAUGUUGGGCUCGGAUAAUUUCAGAUGAUUUGACCCAUGGCCUCCCCUCUGAUGGACUGACAACUGAGCUACAUUCUGGAAAAACUGAUCUGAGUGCUUGUGCGUUGAGCGUCAGCGAAAGCUAAUCAGGGACAACUCUCUGCUAGACUGGAUUUUCAUUUAGAAGGGACUUCCUUCAAACAAAGAAACAACAGUUACAAGCGGAAAGCAUGGUCAAAAUUAGCCUGUGCACACUGCAUAGGCUAAUCUGGGUUUUACUUUACGUGCAUUAGGCCCAGUUUUCCCAGAUCCAGGGUCAACAGAUAGGCAGCUUCUCAGGAUAUCUUCACAUUCCUGUGCUGCAUAUACCGCAAAGAAUCUUAAGAAUCUGCUGCGUUGUAACUGUUAAUUGUUCUACUGUAACUCUAAUGAAAAGUUCCACCCUAACACUGCUAAAGAGUUCCUCCCUUUGACUUUUGAAUUUUGUUUCAACGCUGUAAAUCAGGUUUCCAUUUAAUACAAUUAAAAGGUAAUUUAGUUAGAAUAUCUGUAACCAUUUAACUGUUAUCAAUAUAUUUGUUUGUGUAAUAGAUUCAAUUUUAAUGCUUUUGAAAUGUUCCCAUUACUGCUUAGUUAGUGUUGGUUAGUUAAUGGUCUUGACAUCAUAUUCGAAUUAAUCUUAAUUAAGAUUAUUUAAUGAAUUUAUAUUUUCGAAAGUGCCUCAUUAUUUUAAAUUCAGAAUGAUACAAGUUUUAAGGAUUGUAUUUACCCCAUCAUACCUAUCGGUAUGAGCCUAGCUCUAAGAAAACUGGGCAUAAUGCAUCAGCGUAAAGUGUCGUCCCAGAUUAGCCUGUGCAGUUUGCACAGGCUAAUCAGGGACAACACUAUCCGCCUAAAUUGGAUUUCUGCUAAGAAGAGACUUCAUUUGAACGAAAAAUGUCAUAAAAGCGAAAAGUGUCGUCCUUGAUUAGCCUGUGGGGAUUGCACAGGCUAAUCCGGGACGACACUUAACGCACAUGCAUUAUGCCCCGUUUUCUCAGAACACGCCUCAUAUGAGCCUCGCUCUGAUAAAACUGGGUUUAUUGCAAGUGCGUUAAGUUUUGUUCAAGAUUAGCCUGUGCAGUUUGGGCAAGAAAUGCCAUGUUGAAAAUGCUGUUUUUGCAUAGUGCAAAAUCAUUAUUGUGUGAUAUAAAUUUGUAUUUAUUUCCUGAAGAAAAAUAUUCUCAAUGUUAAAUUUUAGGGAUGUUUUUAUUUUUGUUUGGCAUUUUGAAGACAAUAAAUGCAAUUAUAAGAUGAUUAGAUGCCAUAUCAACACCUGACUUAAAUGGGUUUUUUUGCUUUUGAAUGGAGAACAGUGGAAAAAAAAACAUAAUUUUUUAGGUAUAGAACCUGUUGUAAGGCACUGUACUAGUGACAUUAUUGUAUUAUAAAUCAUCGGAGAUUUACUAUGCAAACUGCUUCAAGCUUCAUUUGAAACUGAGCAAAAUAAUUUGCUUACAUAAAUAAUUAAUGAUUUUAUUUCCAUAUUCUCUAAUUAGUCCAAUUCAGGCAAGAUUGGCAUGAUUAUAGACAAGAUUGUAAUUGAAUGACACUAUUUAGAAAUAGGCUGCAUUGCUUCAAACACUCGUUAACGGCCAUUCUGUCUCACUACUCCAGCUUGUACUAUCAUUUAUUUAAAAUGAACUUUUUAAUUAGCAUGUGAUAAGUUUCAACAUACACUGGAUUGCAUUUAACCCUUUACCACUUAGAUAUGCAUUUUUACGCAAUUGUAGAAAGUUAUAUUUAAUUUAAGACCUCUCUUACUAGGU